AGAGUGUUGAGUGGCUGGAGGAAAUGUUUGCAUAGCUGCGAUCGAAAUUGCUGGGUCAGAGCCACCGAGUUUCUGAGUCUUCAUGGCUGAUUUUCAUACAUCGUCUCACAGAGCUAAGUGGAUCUCCUCUCCUCGAGAGCUGGUUGAGAAAUACAAGAGUGUUAAUCAAAGAGCAAUACAAACACUGGAGAAGUAUGGAACAACUCAAAUGGGAGUAGAUGCUGAAGGUUCAAUAUCGUACCCUGAACCUAUUGCAAGGGAUAAUGCUGACAAGCGUCCAAAACCUCUUAACAUUGAAGAAGAACAAUUCAUGCGGGUGUUUUAUGAGAACAAACUUCGAGAAGUUUGUAGUGCUUUCUACUUUCCUAAUAAAAUUCAGGCAACAGCACUUAUUUUUUUCAAAAGGUUUUACCUGCAGUGGUCGGUCAUGGAACAUCAUCCAAAACAUAUAAUGUUAACCUGUGUGUAUGCGGCCUGUAUAGAAGAAAAUCAUGUGUCAGCUGAGGAGCUUGGUAAGGGGAUUUCACAGGAUCAUCAGAUGAUUCUCAAUUACGAGAUGGUUGUGUAUCAGUGUCUGGAAUUUGAUCUCAUUGUUUUUGCACCCUAUCGUUCACUUGAAGGUUUUUUCAAUGACAUGGAGGAAUUCUGUGGAGUAAAGGAUGAUGAAAAUCAAAUGCUAAAGGAUUUGCAAGAAACUGCAAGGCUGGAAGUUGACAAAAUUAUGCUUACUGAUGCUCCACAUCUAUUUCCUCCCGGCCAGUUGGCACUGGCUGCUUUACGCAGCGCAAAUGAGAUGCAUAGAGUUCUCGACUUUGAGGGAUACCUAAGAAGUCUUCUCGCACGGCAGAAUUCCGAGAACUCCGUUUUGCUGUUUAUAGAAUCUCUAAAUGCUAUAGAUGUUUGGGUUAGGAAAUACAAGUUCCCCACGGAAAAGGAUAUGAGGCACAUAAACCGGAAGCUGAAAUCUUGUUUGGGGCAUGACGAUAAGAAGCAGGAGAAGAAAAGGCACAAAUCCCAUAAGAGUUCAAAUGAAGCUUAGAACGAACCGUCAUCGUCCCUUGCUUAACCGUAUAUUUUCGCUUGCACAUUAGAGUUGACAUUAUAGUCCAGAUUAUCCCGGUACCAAUCUGGUGGGAGGCCGGGAAUGACAAGGUCAAACCAUUAACAAGGGUUAUUGAAACAACCCGUUUACGGCAGAGUCAGUUCGUUUAGCGAACAUCGGUACAUUCUGUAUGGUAACCGGACCCUUUGGGGAAUAAGCUAAACCCUUUUGAUAUGAGGUUGCUGACCAUUGGGCUCUCAUUUCAUAUGAUGGAGAUUAGGCUUUUUUGGUACUUGGAAAGUGAAUUCUGGCUUGAGGAAUAACUUCGACUACAUAGGACUUGCUUCUUGCAAUUUUUUCUCUGGCAAAUUCUUCGCACAACAUCAAGGUGCUUUCUUCUAUCGAAGAGAUGCUCUUUUAAUUAGAGCUCUA